AAAAAGGUGUGACUACUGAUUGGCCGCAUCAUUGGUAAGUGGCGCUAAAACCGUCGCUUGGAAUUGUUCGAUCGACGCGACUAUUAUUAAAUUAAACCGCAAGAUCUUUUCCAAAAGGAUGCUUUUUGAGAAGAAAAAGCAACUAACAAUAAGAGAAAUAAGGCGUGGAGAGUAUUCUGCACCGUGAAGAGAGAAACGUUCGACAGAUUUAACACAUCCUCUCUCCCUCCCUUCCAACGUCGAUCGUUUUUGCUGGAAGCGAAGAAAGAAAGGGGGAAGACAAGGGAAGGCACCGGUCGUCGCAGUGCGGCGGAUAUAUCACGCGAGUCGUGACAGAUCGGAGAAUCGUUUCUCGAGUAAUACUAUUAACAAAAAUGCCAGAGGAAGAGGGUGCGUCCUAAAUGUGAUUUUUUGUGUGCGGCUGAUUCUGCAUGCGAUGCCCCGACCAAUAAAUAUAAUAAACGACCAGGACUAUACUAACAUCGAGUACACUAGUAUAUGCAAGGGUAUUGUCAUAUUUGUCGAUAAGAUUAGGAACAUUAAUGCGUUUGUGCAUUUUCACCUUUGAGCUAUUUUCUUAUCGGAAAAGUCCAAUAAACGUUUCCGACGCGAACAAAGUUCGUGCGAGAAACGUAAUCGUUGUUUAAAUGUUGUAUGAAUAAUCGCGUAAGCGGAAAAAUGCCCGCGUCUCGUGGAGGCAUGGUGCAUGGUGUUAUGCCACCGCACUACCUCCACGAGUUGCCGGCACAAGACGAGGAACGGCUCGAAAAUAUAUUCAAAAAGCUCGAUCUCGAUGGAAACGGCAGAAUCGACGUGCACGACCUUUCAAAAGCGCUUCACGAGGUCGGUGUCCACAAGCGGUACGCUGAGAAAUUCCUUGCUAGAUCGGAUAGUACAAAAAGCGGUGACAUCAGCUUGGCAGAAUUUAUACAUUAUGUUCGCGAGCAUGAAAAAAAUCUUCGUCUUCAAUUUUCUGAUCUUGACAAAAAUAGAGACGGCAAGAUCGAUCUUGAAGAGUUGAUAAGAGCAUUUAAGGACUUAGGAAUAGAAAUGGAUCGUGGCGAGGCAACCAAGUUGCUACAACGAAUGGAUAAAGAUGGAAGCCUUAAUAUAAGUUUCAACGAAUGGCGAGAUUUCCUCUUGUAUGCACCGAGCACCAAUAUCCAUGAACUUAUACAAUAUUGGCGACAUUCUACUUACAUGGAUAUCGGAGAGGAUAUGGGAGUUCCCGAUGAUUUCACGAACAGUGAAAUGGUCUCAGGAAUGUGGUGGCGACAUUUGUUAGCUGGUGGUAUCGCUGGUGGAGUUUCACGAACAUGCACAGCACCUUUGGAUAGGAUUAAAGUUUACCUCCAGGUUCAUGGAACACGGCAUUGUAACAUUAGCAGUUGCUUCAGGUACAUGUUACGCGAAGGUGGUGUUACAAGUUUGUGGAGAGGGAACGGUAUAAACGUACUUAAAAUAGGACCAGAGACUGCCCUAAAGUUCAUGGCCUACGAACAAGUAAAGAGAGCUAUCAAAGGCAAUGACACUAGAGAACUUGGACUCUACGAGAGAUUCGUGGCUGGAUCUAUGGCCGGUGGUAUUAGUCAAUCUGCUAUAUAUCCUCUUGAGGUACUCAAAACGAGACUGGCCCUUCGGAAAACGGGUGAGUUCUCGAGUAUAAUCGAUGCAGCGAAUAAGAUAUACAAGCAAGGUGGUUGGAAAUCUUUUUAUAGAGGCUACAUUCCCAAUUUAAUUGGAAUUCUUCCUUAUGCCGGAAUUGAUUUGGCUGUAUACGAAACACUAAAAAAUAGUUAUUUACGAACGCAUAUGAAAAACGAGCAACCAGCUUUUUGGGUGCUUUUGUUGUGUGGUACAGCCUCCAGCACUGCAGGUCAAGUGUGCUCGUAUCCGUUAGCUCUAGUCAGAACUAAAUUACAAGCCGAAAUAUCAACGGGAAGUGACGCGAAUACCAUGAUCGGAGUUUUCAAAGAUAUUCUCAAGAGAGAGGGUAUUCGCGGUUUGUAUCGAGGAAUAACUCCGAAUUUUCUUAAGGUAGCUCCGGCUGUAUCGAUUAGUUAUGUAGUAUACGAGCAUUUCAGACAGGCACUUGGUGUUAACAUGACGUGAUAAAUAUACACACUAGGAGAUAUUAAUUUAAUUAAAUUAUUCCCUAAUUAUAAUCGUGUAAGAGAUAUUUCGGUAAAAGUUCGAAUGACCAUCGGAUUUGCACCUUGUGUAAUUUACCGUUACCGGUCUCUAUCUAUUUAUCUAUCUAUUUCUCUCUCUCUCUCUCUCUCUCUCUCUCUCUCUCUCUCUCGCUCAUUUUCACUUACAUUGCUUAUUUAUUAAAAACUCGAAGCUUCUCCGUCACACAGGUUAUUCAAGAAUUAUUGAAAACGAAGAAAAGGAAAAUGAAACGUUAGUCAAACGUGCAACUAUUGAAUAAUAAAAAUAUAAAAGCUGACGGAAACGAUAGAAAAAGAAAAACAGAAAAAUAUAGUUGACAAUACAAGUGGAAAUUGCUGUAGGGAGUGGUGCAUUUGUAAUACGUUAUUUAUCUUAAAACAAAGAGGCAAGUCAAAUACUUUUUUUUUU